UUUCAUAAUUCAUAAUCUUUCAUCUUUCGUUUACUAUGCAAGGACAUCAUGACUCUGUUUUUCUUUUUUAAAUAAAUAAAACGUUUUCAUCCUUAAACAAGAAACUACAAUAAUAAUUACGGUGCCAUAUUAUGGAUGAUUUAUCCACUCCGAAACCCUUUGCCUGCAAAACAAGUGGUUGUGGUUUAGCUUUCACCAAUGAGGACCAUUUACAAGUUCAUGAGAAAAAACAUGAAAUGAUUUUAAACCUCAGCUUGGAGCAAAAGUCUGCAAAUAUCUUUCUUGCGGAUCAAACACCUACACCUACUCGACUUAUUAAAAACUGCGAAGAAGUAGGUUUAUUCGAUGAUCUCCGUCAUGUAAAUCCAUUUGAUGAAACUUUUCGCAGAGCUGUCGAACAGAAAACCCAAUUACUUUCCACGUCAGGGGCUCAAAACGAUAUAAACUCGACUUCUCAUGAUUCGCUGCAUACUCCACAAGUGUUUCCCGUCACUGAGAACACAGAAAGUGGUAUUCCAUGUCAUCGGCUGCCAGUUACUCCUGCAAAAACAGUAUCAACACCCACCAACUUGUCGAAUAAUGUGCAAGCCAUACCAGAACCCCCCAAAGCUCAUAAGGCUCUUCCCAUGAUCCUACCUAAAGAGGUCGUGAAAAAACCUCAAACCACAAUACAAUUGAUCCAGCCGCAAGUUAUCACUCUUAACUUUCCUGCACCAGUUAUAAGUACAAUUCCAGUGCAAACAGUUAAGCCGUUUAUUCUUCCCAAGACAAGCUCAGAGGCAAGUACUGCCAGUUGUACAUCACCCUCAUCUCUGCCCAUAAAAGAAAGACUCAAAGCUAUUUUGAGUUUGAAUUCUAAAAGAACUCUAUCUGAGAACAACACCCGUAUUGUAUCACCUCCCAAAAAAUGCAAACCUAAAAACACUUUUGAUGAUGACUCCAUGGUAAGGAGGCGUGCUGCAGCUGAACGCUAUCGUAAUAAAAUAAAAAAGGAGCAUGUAGACUUAAGAAGAAAAAAUGCUGACCUAGUGACUGAGAACGCACAGUUGAAGGAAAUUAUAAAACAGUUGAGGCUGGACCUUGCUAGACAUCAAAAUUGUUGUCCGAGUGAAAAUACUAACAAUCCAAUUGUGACGAAUGCAGCUUCGGAAAUACAAAUUCCACCAUCGACAGUGCGAUUGGUUAUGAGUAUUCCAAAAUUGGUAAUACAAUCAACUGGACAAACUGUGAUGCAAAAUCCAGUGACAUUUUCAGUAGAAAAACAUUAAUGAUAAUGUUUAAAAAACGUGAAAUCAAUAACAAGCCAAUUUAUGUAUACGCGAAUUGUGACCUGAUUCAAAGAACAUUUAUGUUUGGUCCCUUAAUGCAAGAACUAGGAACAUAGCUUACGUUCUAGUUUUAGCAAUCAGGUGUCAAUUUUAUCAAAUAGAAUAAGUUGUAAAUAAAUGACAAAUAAAUACAGAAUAUGAAUU